UUUCAGUGCAAGCCUUGAGGCAACCAACCCUCUCGUGCUUUGCACGCACGAACCACGGUGCACGUUGAACAUAGACGGACAGACACUUCAUAUAUACCACUUGCUGCUAAUACCCUGUCACUUUUCCCCAAUUCCUCGUUCCGCUUUCUGCUUUGUUUAGAUCUCCAUAGACUCCUGGCCUCACCAUCACGGCCGUUGCUUCCACUUGGCCUCUAUUGUACUCAGGUCAAUACUCGCUCGAGGCUUAUAAGCACAGGUGCCCUAAUUCUCUGGUCCUCACUCUUCACGUUGUCCACCUGUCCCCAUGACAGAAUACGACUAUUCCCCCGCCGCCUAUGAGCGUUAUGCCGCUACCCAAAACCGGGUCUCGAACUGGGUGUACAACCAGGCUGUCCAUGCCAGAGAGUACUCCAGCCCCUUCGUCCCCCGCUCUACAUCGACCCCUCCAACCGCCGCCGUCGCCCGUCAUCACUACAGGGACCCUACCCGAGACCACCCGUCCUCAUCUUCUCGUCAUGCAAGUCCUUCUCAUUAUUCCUCGUCUCAUCCGACCGUUCAUCGAUCAGUCACUCUUCCUGCGAACCAUGCUGGUAUAGCCCAAAAGACUUCUCAUUCAUCUUCGUCUCGACAUCCGACUCGUUCGCAGUCGCAUGCUCCGCCGUCGCAGCCCGCGUAUCAACAGGUCUAUUACCAAAAUACUUCGCCUGUGUCAUAUGCUGCUCCGGUAUCACGCGGACUCGGACAUGGCGCGUCGUACAAGACGUACACUCUCGAUCCGAACGCUCAACUCGUCUUGCCUCCCGUGAGACCUGGCGAGACAUAUGUCAUCGUUCCACCGGCGGGGCGCAAGGUAGAAGUCGUGUAUGAUCCUGCCUCUGGCUCUAGAUCAUCACGGACCUCCCGGAGCCCAACGAAGAAAACGGGCAAGCCACUGUUGAAGCGGCUACUCACGCUCGGUUCGUCAGCGGACAAGGGUAGCAGCAGUUCGUCUCGCAGAGACCGGAGGGUCUCGUACUGACGUUGAAAAGGAUCGUGGCGUUUGUCGGGGUCUACCGGCCAGCAUUGUUUCAAUCAUCAGAUAGAUGCCGAUGGUCUCCAAGUUAUAUGUUUUGCAAAGACAUUCUUCAUCAUCUGUCGACGCCUCGUCAACUCACACACUCCUUAUUUUCAUUUUCGUUUCUCCUUUCUCUUUACUUAGACAUCUCAAAUCCCUGCUCACUGGUCUGAGCACCCCUGGCACUUAUACCUUGCAUGUAAUAAUAGUCAAAGUAUCAUAGAUGUACAUAACCUACUGUACAGUAGGUUGAAUCCAAAAACCCAUACAGUGUUAUGUUCCUGAUUGCAU